AUGUCCCCUCCCACAGUAACCCCGCCCACGCGCUAUCAGCCGUUACGGCCUGCUACCAUUGCAUCCCUCGAUGACUCUCGUCGCGAGACGCUGCUCCGGGCGGUAUCCAACGUCGCCUCCUGCGAAGCUGCGAGACUCACUGUCGGCCAGAUAGCGGCUGGCCUCCCGUUGUCAGAGGUAGACAAGGACACGUACGACGGGACGGCGUCUGACAGACAUCCUCUUCACACACUGCAUAAGACGCUAUGCCCACAAGCUGUCGACCGGGCUGAACGGUUCCGGAGUACAUUUGAUCCCCGUGUUCUCAAGUUUAAGCCUCAGCUCUGCCGCGAGUACCAGGCCGCUGCGCCGAGGUCGAGAGCGUUCAGCACGCGGCUCAUCGAGCUUGUCGCCGCAUCGAUCCACCAGAUCGCCGCCUUGUUACACGAGUCCGACGCCAGAGCCGACCCAGACUGGACCCGCGAUAUCAAGUCCUGGACCGCGCCCGAGGGCGACGCCGUCUGGUGGUACACGUUUCCGGACGGCCCGCCGCCGACAUUGCUUCGACACAAGUGGUACUGCGACUACGCGCAGUAUCCGCGUGGCGUGGCCGACAGCGUGGGGUAA